GGAGCUGCCUGCCUGCUGAAUUGUACUGCGCAAAACCCAUAGUCCGGAUUUGUGCCUGACGUCAUGGGUAGCCACCAUUAGAUUCGUUCUUUGACAGUUGGAGCACGGGGAGUCCAAGCAAAGACAGCCAUCAGCAUCCCCGCACGGCCUUACAAACGGGAGAGAACAAACAGAAAAGAUGUCGAGUGGACCGUUAUACGGUGCUACAUAGGGAGAGACCUCGUUUUCCUCCUCAAAGCGGCCCCCGAAAAGCGCUGCAGUGGAGAGGAGAAUGCGUCGCUAAGUGAAUGGAUACAUAGCUUUGCUGUUAAAGGGACGCAGUUGUUGCUUUUCUGCCUCUAAACAAACAGUGACAGUCCCACGGGGCUUUGGAUAAAGCAGUAAUAACAACAACUAAUCCCCAGAACGAGCACAACAACUAGGCUACGGCUGCUAACGGCAGGGAACCAAGGACAUAAACCAAGAAUAACAAUGGAAACGGCAGCAGGAACUGGUUUAAGUUAAAGACAAUAGAGAUUUUUGAGAAUAGCGAAUGUUUUCUUGGUAUGUACGUUAAUUUGAGCUUUUCUUUUCUGUGGAAAUGGGAGCUUUGACCAGCAGACAAAAUGCAGGAGUGGAAGAGGUCGAUAUACCGUCCAACUCGGUGUACCGCUAUCCACCGAAAUCUGGAAGCUACUUUGCCAACCACUUCAUCAUGGGCGGGGAGAAGUUUGACUCCACCCACCCCGAGGGAUACCUGUUCGGAGAGAACACCGACCUCAACUUCCUGGGAAUCAGACCAGUGGCGUUUCCCUAUGCGGCCCCGCCUCCUCAGGAGCCAGUAAAGACGCUACGAAGCCUUAUAAACAUCCGUAAAGAUACACUGAGGCUCGUACGGUGUAGUGAGGACCUGAAACUGCCAGGGGAGGACGUGGCAGGGAAAAGCAAAGCCUGUUACAACAUAGAGUUCACCUUCGACGCUGACACACAGGUGGCCAUCACAAUCUACUAUCAAGCUAUAGAGGAGUUCCACAACGGAGUGCCUAUCUACAUUCCCCAGGACAGCUCUCUCCAGUCAGAGACGGUGCACUUUAAGAGAGGAGUCUGUCAGCAGUUCUGUCUGCCCUCCCACUCCAUCAAUCUGUCGGAGUGGGCCGAUGAGGAGUUGCUGUUUGACAUGGAUAAGGAUGUGUUUCCCAUGGUCGUUCAAGCGACAGUAGACGAGGGGGAAGAUCACAUGGGUCACUCCCAUGUACUCCUGGCCACCUUUGAGAAGCACAUGGAUGGGAGCUACUGUGUCAAACCUCUGAAACAGAAACAAGUGGUGGAUGGGGUGAGUUACCUUCUUCAGGAGAUCUACGGCAUCGAGAACAAGUACAACAGCCAAGAAUCAAAGGUUGCGGAUGAUGAGAUCAGUGAUAACAGUGCGGAGUGUGUGGUGUGUCUGUCGGACGUCCGCGACACACUCAUCCUGCCCUGCAGACACCUGUGUCUCUGUAAUGCCUGCGCAGACACUCUCCGCUACCAGGCCAACUGCUGCCCCAUAUGCAGACUGCCGUUCCGGGCCCUGCUGCAGAUCCGAGCCAUGAGGAAGAAGCUGAGUCCUCUCUCUCCUGCCGGGUUUAACCCCGUUAUCACCUCCCAGACCUCUGACUCAGAGGAACACUCGGCGUCGGACCACAUCCCCCCAGGUUAUGAGGCCGUGUCUCUCCUGGAGGCUCUGAACGGGCCCCUGAGCGUGUCUCCCUCGGCCCCCCCUCUGCAGGACCUCUCUGGGGGCCACGUCUCAGGGACCCUGCCCCACUAUAGCAGUGAGACCCACCCCGCCCCGGCACGCUCCAUGUCCCCCCUGGACCACUCCAACUCCAGCCAGGGACUCAAACUGAAGAAGAGCGGCUCCAAGUCUCUCUCCCAGAAUUCUUCGGUGCUGCCCGAGGAGGAGGACGAGAAGUCAGAACGCAGUGAAUCAGAAGUUCAGGCCUGCCGCCGGAAACAACAACCGGAGAGUGGUGUAACUCCAGAGAGUGAGAACCUGACUCUAUCUUCGUCUGGAGCCAUCGACCAGUCCUCCUGUACUGGAACACCUUUCUCCUCCACCAUCACCUCCCCUGAAGACCAAGUGAGCAGUAGCCUGGCCCAGUCAGUCAUGUCCAUGGCUUCGUCCCACAGCCAUCACUCUCAGAUCAGCACUGACACCCUGUCUUCCAUGUCCGGUUCCUACCUGGCUGGGCCGGAGGUAGAGGGGGAGGAGGGGGGAGAAGCAGAGGGGGAGGAGAACCAGGAUGCACCCAUGGAGAGCCGGGGACCCUCACAGCAGGAUGGGGAAGAGCUACCCAUGGAACCAAAAGAACAGAACUUCUCAGUCGCUGUGUCAGACGAGCAGGAUUCAGAGGGAAAUGAUGUCACAGAGGAAGACUGCCCCUCCCCUUCCCACGAGCAGGGUGGGCGGAGCAGGUGUCCAGAGUUGGCCAAUAACAAUCAGGGCGUCGCCCUCUGCGACACGCACUGUUUGGGGGGGCUGGACAAUGAGCAGGUUCCCGACUGCCGAUUCGCCGGUCUGAUGUAUCUGGGAGGCUAUAGGCCAGUGUUGGAGCCUCUCCCCCACCACACCUCAACCAGUAAUAUCAACCUGGAGGAGCAGGGGGCGGAGACUAGGGAUGGCCAGAGUCCCAAACAAACACCUCACACACCACGCCGCGGACCACUCAUAGUGUAACAUGCACACACCCGUCCAAUUCCGACCUCAGCGUCAUAACAGCACAGACUGAUAUUUUAGCCAUUUUACACAACCUCAUGAUUACGCAGUAGACCUCGGCCUUCCUUCCUGCAUCUCCUCACCUAAUCAACCAACGCCCAUGUCCUGAGGCAGUAUCCUCACUCAACCGUCCUGCACCUCUCCUCACUCAACCGUCCUGCACCUCUCCUCACUCAACCGUCCUGCACCUCUCCUCACUCAAACGUCCUGCACCUCUCCUCACUCAACCGUCCUGCACCUCUCCUCACUCAACCGUCCUGCACCUCUCCUUGCUCCGGACAAUAGAUGAGAAGCAUCUAUCUCUGUUGCUAAAUCUAACAGGGAAAUGUUGAAGAGGAUUUAACCUAUCCACAGUCCAAAAAGGAGACUGCUAGAGUUAGACCAUUCUCCCCCUCAAUGUGUCAUAAUGGGUUUCUUGUGUUUCGUGUCAUUGGUAGACCUUUGGGACUCCUCCCCUUGCCUCUACCAACCAACCAAUCAGGGGUUAGUGUGAUCUGCAAUCUAAUUAAUAUUCAUGUAUUUCUGUUUGACCUUCUAACGAGUGGUCGAACACUAUAAAAACAACAGUUAGCUUCACUAGACUACCAAACUGGAUUGUACUGGACUGGACUCGCCAACUCCGGUCCAUGAACCAGUAGACUCUGGCUCUGGUUUUGCAUGCAGCUCUUUUAUGUCUCCAAUCAGCCCUACUUACUGUACUCAACUGUGAUCUAUCCUGAAUGGGACUUGCCUCGUUAGCUAAGAAACUGGACUUGCUGUGCAUGGUGGUGAAUGGAGGAUUUGAUCCAAAAUGGCGGUGGUGGAUAGAUACUGAACUGUAAAGAAAACAGAGUGGAGUCCCUGAGAAUGUACGAUGCCGAUGGAGGAUGUGUAACACUCAGAGGAGAAUGUAACGUAAUGAUUUGUUUUGGGGUUAUUAACUGUAGAAGAAUGACCUCUGAACUUUGAACUACCACCUGUGUCCCUUGCACACCUUUCCUAACACACACACAGUCAUACACACCAGAUUAUCUCAGUCUGACUGGUGUAAAGAGCUUUACCACAAAGACACUAAAGCAAUACAGAACCUGUACCUGUAAACAAGUAACACACAUCACCCAACAAAAACACCUGUGCUGUUCGAUAGACAAACCUGAACCUUCUCAUUUUGUGAAAACCUUUAGUUUGUUUAAUUUUCUAUUAUAUUGUUUUUAGUGUAUGCUCUACUGUUAAUGUCGUCACAUGUUCUGUGUUUUAUUUGUUUAAACAAAAAUGUGUUGCUCAUUCCGUGGAUGAUAUGUGAAAUUAAUAAUUGUAUUUGAGAAGAGAAAAAAAACGACAAAAAAAGGGAUGAUGACACCAACAUGGAAUGCACUUCUUGCUGUUACCUAGGCAACACACUUUGCGGCGCAUGAGGCGAUUGUAGAGUAAAGCAUGGUAGUCUAGGUCAGUCUCCACCCCUGUAGAGUACCCACAGUGGUAUGCUCCACAGAUCCACACACCCCUAAAGAGUACCCAUAGUGGUACACCCCUCUGACCUUUCUGUAUUGUCAUAUUGUCUCCAAAUGACAACCUAUUCCCUAUAUAGUGCACUACUUUGACCAGAUACCAAUUCCCUGUAUUGUGCACUACAUUUGACCAGAGCCUUAUUCCCUUUUAAGUGAAGGUAGUGAGCCAUAUGGGGGAAUAGGGUGCCAUUUGAGAUUCAUAGAUAGUCUAUAAGAUACACUACAGAUGCUCUCUUCCUUAUCCUCAACUACAGGCUGGCUACAGCUCUGUUAGCUAGUGUUCACACAUCGUCAGCUCAUACACCCCUACAUGUAUCCCUCUCACCUACAGUAUACUGGACCAUGGGUCACUUUUGUAGAAUGCUGAUUGAAAAUGUCAACUGCAAGAAAAAAAAUAAAGUUUUUCGA